AUGUUGUUAGUCGGGAUUGGUCGUCCUGCUGGUUGGUUUUUAUACCCUGUUUAUAUCUUUUAUGCUUGUUUUUUGUCUAUUGAACCAGAUUAUCUUGACUACCUGCACACAGAUAUGGACUUUGACUUGGACGAGAUGUUGAAGUCCCUGCCCGAGCCAGGGAACGAUGAGGGAUUUGCCCCUAUUGACGGUAAGUUUUGGCAUGGUUUGCUUUCAUUUUACAUUUGGGGUGACGAUGACCUUCUUUCCGUUCCAUUAAAGGUGAAGAAGACCAACGAUGGGGGGACGCUGCGUCAUACCAUCGAGGAGGUCCCUCAACUUUCUGAUGAUCCCGUCGAGGUCAUUCCACCAUUCGAGGGUACAGGAGGCAGUCAGAGUAGUGCCAUGCCCGAGCAUGAGGGUUCUCCUCUUCCAGAUUUCAGAUUCUCCCAUUCUCGGGGCUAUUUAGAGAUGAGGGUAGUCAGAACCUUAGUUACACCUAAGCGUGUCCAGUCAAUUUCCUAUCGGAGUACUGAUGACAUCGAGAGGGUUCUGGCGGUCGAUACUGAGAGGGUAAGUUUUUUUUUACAUGCUCUAUAG